ACUCUAAAAAACACAACGGGCAAGAAACGCGUUUUAGCCGGCUACGGUAUCGACAUUGACGCAGUAGCUGGCUGGUUGGAGUCAUAUGGCGGCGAAGACAGUGCCAGCGACAUCAGUCGAGCCAGCCACAAUGAAACUACACGACUACUCAAGCUACUCGACGAAUACAACAUCAAAGAGUUCUGGCUCAUCCUAGGCCAUUCUAUCGAGACCUCCCCCGAGGAGUGCACACAGGUCCGCGAAGCAGGCCUCGAAAUCGGGCUGCACGGCAACUCCUCCGAGAACUCGGCCAGCAUUAUCAAGGAGCAGCAGCGAGACAUUCUCGAUAAGACCUACAAGAUGCUAACAGAUUCCUGCGGUAAGGAUCCACACGGUAUUGUCGCGCGGUGGUCGGAAAACAUAGUACAUUACUCUGCUUUGUCUCAGUUUGACACGGUAUUGGGAAUAUUCACGCAUGCUUGGCUGACUGGCUGA